CUAAUAUUUUACGGAUAAGUUGCAAUACACGGAGUAGCUAAAGCAAUAACUUUGUACAUAUUUGUUUUAAAUUGUGGUUAUUUAUGAAACCUGUCGUUUUAUGCAUGCUUCAACUACUUAACACGUUUUCUUUUCUAUUAUCAGUACCCAUGUACUUUGAAUGUAUUUUUAUUUGAAAGCAUGGAAAGGCACCUAAUUUUUGCAGCUUUUAAGUAGCUAAUUAUGCAUAUGGAGGUUAUUUCAGACUUGAACAGAGGUACAUCUACGAAAACAUGCUUUCAGCUCAGUAUAAAUUUCCGUAAAUUGACAUUUCUUUCUGAAUUAUAAGCGCGAGUAAUGGUUAGACCAUUGUUUAAUUGUUAGACUUUUUCUCUCUGUUACUUAAUGGACUGCAAUACUUACUCUAAGACUAAACUUCCAAUGAAAAGAACAACGCUAAACCAACAUAAUAUACAGAAACGUCGUUUUGGGUCAUACACUUCAAAAAGAUAUACUAGGGUUCAGGGUUAAAACGCUACAAACGGAUCAAGUCGAGGUAGUUGAACUCCUGAAUAUACGACGUGCUAUCAAUUUGUACCAACUCCGUAGUUAAAGUUUUUUUUCGCAUAAACGAUGAUCGCCGAUUUAAUCUGAGGUCUUCAUGGGGCUGUGUCAUCCCCCAUAAUGUCCAGUACCGAUUACUUGACAUACCAUUGCACGUAAGCGCGGAUUGAGUCGCCCAUAAUCAGAAUGUGUUGGUUAUUGAACAAGUUGAUGAGGCUAUAAAUUAUAUAAUGACGAAUUACUUCUUUAUUCACUUUGUUAACAUUCUCCUCUUGCGUGUUAUCAUGAAACUGGUUACUCCCAUUCUGUUCUAAACUUCAUGGGAAAAUGUUAUCACACCACGUAUACGUUUUAUUUAUUCACUAAUGAUGAUAUUUUUGAUGCCUUUUUGUGGUUUAGCAAGGGGUGUUAAAUUGAAAGUUUUAUUAAUUCGCAUAUAAAAAGAUGUCCCGUUUUCUGCUAACUCCACCGUUUUGAUAUAAUGGGUUUUUCGCUAGAUGCAUUAGGUCAGUUUCCUUCAACACUAUAUGUUCAGCUAUGUCUUCCUUAUGGAGUAAAAAACCCAUCUUCGUAUCCACUCAUUGUUAAAACAAUUGAGAACGGUCUUCGACGGCUCUCAACAGCCUUUCCUUGGGUUGCAGGUGAGGUUGUCGUUGAAGGUGCUUGUAAGGGCUGCUCGGGAACCAGAAAAAUUAAGUUGACGAACAAGGUCCCGCUUGUCAUAAAGGAUUUAAGGAAUGACCCUGCUGUACCAACAAUGGAUGAGCUCCGACGAACUCGCUUUCCAAUGGAUUCGUUGGAUGAGAAUGUUGUUGCGCCUUGCAAAAGCACUACUUGCUCAGAAUCUAAGAGCGGCUCAAUGACGCAAACAGAACCUGUUUUUUUAGUGCAAAUAAACUUUAUAGUUGGAGGUCUUUUGCUUACCUUUGUAGGUCAUCACAGCGCAAUGGAUAUGACCGGAGAAACAGAGAUUCUGCGUUUACUUUCAAAAGCUUGUGGCAACGAACCGUUUUCAAGUGAAGAGAUUAGGAUUGGAAACUUGGAUCGCUCUAACAUUAUUCCUGUACUCAAUGAUUUAUUCGAGCCGGAAACUGAACUUGUCCAUCAACUUAUAAAACCAAGCCCUAAGACCCUCAAUUCCGUUGAUGUUAAAAAAACACAACAGAGUGUUGCUCAUGACUGUUCUUGGAAGUGCUUUAUUUUCCCAAAGAGCUCACUUGUUACUUUGAAAAUGCUGGCUUCUAGAAACAGAUCAGACUCUGCAAAGUUUGUUUCAACCGAUGACUCAUUGACUGCUUUCAUUUUCAAAUCUAUAAUUCGUGCGCGUUUACCACGUUUAAGCCCCACAACAAGGACAACUCUAACUCGUUGUGUGAAUGUUCGACGAUAUCUUGGCAUUCCUAUGAAUUAUCCAGGAAAUGCCCUGCAUUCAACAUACCACAACAUUGUGACUGACAAAUUUGUACGAGAAUCGCAUGGUAAUAUUGCUUCUCAGCUUCGUUUAGCUUUGGAUCCGUCGGAUUUAGCGUACAAAACACGAGCACUCGCGACUUACAUAAAUCGUAUUCGGGAUAAGAGUGUUCUUUCUUAUUUUGCAAACCUUGACACUUCCGAAUCUGUGAUGCUAAGUUCAUGGGCGAAGAUGAACUGUUGUGACCUUGACUUUAAUCUUGGCUUAGGGAAACCAGAAGUGGUACGACGCCCACAAUGCAUGCCUACUGAAGGACUGGUCUAUCUGUUGCCUCAAGAUCGUGAUGGUGAAAUUCCAGCCACUAUAUGUUUGAGAAAUGAGGAUAUGGAGAGACUUAGGGCUGACGAGGAAUUUAUCAGAUAUGCAGUCUAUGUUGGGUGAUUGUUUUAAGAUAAUCUUUAAAUGAUGUUAAGUCUUCGUUCUUCAGCCCAUUUUACACCUUUAGUGUAUGUCUACGUUUUCCAAUAGGUUGAAUGACCAUCGACUUAAACCUUUCUUUUUCUUUUAUUCAUUUUUGUUUAAUAACUGCACCAUUUUUUGGUGAUACAUCUAUAAAAACUCUAUGUUUUCCUGUGAUUUUGCAAAGUAUGGUUUAAGUUAUCUUACACG